UCAAAAGCUUUAGGUAUCCACUAGUCAAUUCAAGCAUUGACCUUGCAAGAAACCCACAAGACUGGUUGGCAAUAAGCUUUAUUCAAAAUACUGGAUGCUGACUUCCACUAAUCUGCAGUGAUUCAUCUUCUCCAACUUUUUUACCCAGAAAAAAAAUAUUCUGGGCAACUCAGAAAAUUUUGUGGGAAUCAACAAUGACAUCUGAACUUGAGAAAUUGGUGAAUAAUGUUGAAAUUGGAAGGUUAAUUACAAGCUGGUGGAAUGAAAUCAAUGACUCAGUUGGGUGGCAAGAUGCCAUCUUUUUCACUCUUUCUGCUCUUUUUACCCUUAUUUCUUCUGUUGCACUGGUUCAGUUAAUUAGAAUCGAGUUGAGAGUUCCCGAAUAUAGAUGGACCUUACAGAAGGUGUUUCAUCUUAUGAACUUCAUUGUAAAUGGAGUUCGAGCAAUUGUAUUUGGCCUGCACAAGCAAGUAUUUAUUUUGAGUCCUAGGGUUUUAAUGUUGGUGUUACUGGAUCUUCCCGGGCUUCUAUUUUUCUCCACUUAUACUCUUCUUGUCCUGUUUUGGGCAGAGAUUGAUCAUCAGGCUAGAUAUCUACCGGCUGAUAAGCUGAGGCUUGUUUACAUAUUGCUCAAUGCUGGAAUUUACUUCAUACAGGUUUGCAUCUGGAUUUUUCUCUGGCUGUAUAACAAUGAAAUAGUGGAAACCGUUGGACGGAUCUUUAUUGCAGCUGUCUCACUUGUUGCUGCGAUCAGUUUCUUGUUCUAUGGACGAAGAUUAUUUCUAAUGCUGAGACAGUUCCCAAUUGAAUCUAAAGGGAGAAGUAAGAAACUAUAUGAGGUUGGAUCAGUAGCAGCUGUAUGUUUCACCUGCUUUCUCAUAAGAUGUAUUGUGGUACUCGUAUCUGCAUUUGAUGCGAAUGCCUCCCUCGAUGUAUUGGAUCAUCCAAUCCUGGACUUUUUCUAUUAUAUGCUUGUUGAGAUCUUACCUUCGGCACUGGUCCUUUUCAUCUUGCGGAAGCUGCCUCCAAAAAGAAUCUCAGGCAUAUAUCACCCAAUCUGUUAAACUCAGGCACCACAUCUUCAGCCCUGCGGUUGAUGUUUUCCUUUGGAAUGCAAUUCUCCUCAAUUGCAAGAGUUAAGACACUGCACAACAUUGAGCUUCAUCAAAUUUUGUCACAAAGAAAUUCUCGACUAUUGAUCUAGUAUGCCCUAAGAAAAUCAUAAGUCUUUAGCAAAUGACAACACUUUGCAGCUAAACAAUGGGAAGUUUUUCCCAAAUUUUUGUAUGGUUCUAUGGGAUUAUGUUAUAGCUAGAAGGGCAUAUAUGUGAUGGAUUUCUUUGUUGCUUCA